CAUUACUUAACAAAUCAUGAAAGCUAAUCCUCAACUGUUCAAACUCACUUGGUAGGAAUCGCCAAGUUCCCAAACUAAGGCCGCACGCCCAUCAGCAAUCUCCGUUCGUCAUUUGGCUUAAUAUAAAAGUGUCAUAGUCUUCAUUUCUGGCUACUCUUUUUGCUUCUCGUUCUUAUUCUCUUCUCGCUCUUCGCGGAUUCCACCGACCUUCGAUUCCAAUGGUUGCUGUUGCCGGAUCCAAUGUCGUUGCCCUGAACUCCGCCGUGAAGUUUGGAGAUUGCAGCAACUGCAGAUUUGUUCAGAUUCGGCAAUGCUCUCCGGUUUCUGGUGGAACUGGAUCGAUUCGGACUCGUCCGUGCAUUGGACUCCGUUGCAGGUCGAGGGGGGUAAGAGCGCAGGUCGCCACUGUUGAGCAAGCUAGCCCUGAAUCAGCUCAAAAAUUGGAAGCUCCUGUAGCCAUAAUUACUGGAGCUUCUAGAGGAAUUGGUAAAGCUGUUGCACUGGCCUUAGGAAAAGCAGGUUGCAAGGUCCUAGUAAAUUAUGCUAGGUCAUCAAAGGAGGCUGAGGAUGUUUCAAAAGAGAUUGAGUCAUAUGGUAGUCAGGCUCUUACUUUUGGUGGAGAUGUUUCAAAAGAAGCUGAUGUGGAUGCAAUGAUAAAAACUGCUGUUGAUACGUGGGGAACUGUUGAUAUAUUAAUAAACAAUGCAGGAAUUACGCGGGAUACUUUGUUGAUGAGGAUGAAGAAAGCACAGUGGCAGGAGGUUAUUGAUCUGAACCUUACAGGAGUGUUUCUUUGUACACAGGCAGCAGCAAAAAUCAUGAUUAAAAAGAAGAAGGGAAAAAUAAUUAAUAUUGCAUCAGUUGUUGGCUUGGUUGGCAACGUUGGGCAAGCCAACUACAGUGCUGCUAAAGCAGGCGUCAUUGGCUUUACAAAGACUGUUGCAAAGGAAUAUGCCAGCAGAAACAUUAAUGUCAAUGCUGUUGCCCCAGGAUUCAUUGCAUCUGAUAUGACUGCCAAGCUUGGGGAGGACAUUGAGAAGAAAAUCUUGGAAACAAUCCCCUUAGGAAGAUAUGGUCAACCAGAAGAAGUUGCGGGACUGGUGGAAUUUUUGGCCCUAAACCCUGCUUCCAGUUACAUAACAGGACAGGUGUUCACUAUUGAUGGGGGAAUGGUCAUGUAACGUUUCUUCCUUCCACUAAGCUCUUAGCUGGUAAUUCUGCGAUACUUCGAUUGUUUAGUGGAUGAUGUUGUUUGACAGUUAUAGCUUCUGUUUUAUAUAUAUAUAUAUAAACAAGAAUUCCCUAUUUUCGGGCAGCAUUAACUUUAAGCAUGUUGUAAAACCAAACAAAAAGGGCUUUUUAAGUAGUCUACAGUUUGUAGGGUAUCAUUUGGCUUUGCAAAAUCCUGGUUAAUGAGCACUUUGUUAGAACUUCAUCCAUGAAGUUAUAUAUAAUAUAUAAAGUUGGGAUGUUGACAAAUA